CACUUAAUUAUAGUAUAUCAAACUCAUAUUCUAAGUUCAUUUGAAAUAAUAUUUCUUAAACUUUUGUUAUCGGUAAGUUUCCAAUAUACCGAGAAGAAAACAAAUUAAGGUUAUUCGUAACCCACCUGUCGCACUAACAUUCUUUUGCCAAUAACCCUAAUUUCAUUAUUUUUUUCGCUUUGAAAUUCACAUGCCACAAGAUCAACAUGCGUCUACUCCCCGGGGUCUCGGGCUAUUAACAUUCGUUAAUUUAUAACAACUACAAUGCAUACUUAUAAAGGGGUGGACUAGGAUCAAUGGUGCCCGGUUAUCUAAGGAAUCGGAAACUGACGUAACUUUCCGUAAUACGUCGCCGAGAAUAGCCCAUGUUGACAUUCAUUUGCAUGGUCCGCUACCCAUUAGAGAAUUAGCACAUAAUAGUCUUUCAGAAGUUGAACCCUUGUAAUAAUGACAAUGUGUGCCUAUGUAGCUUGAUACUGCACUCCGAGGGGAAAACAAUCCAGGACUCGGAAUUUCCAGUGUGAUAUUUGAUUCGUCUCUAACACUGUUGCGCCAUGGAGAUAUGACAGCAACAAUCAAUACUAUAACUGCCUGCUCAAAUCAAACUAAGGAUAUUAUUUGACAAUAACCAAUGCUGCAAUUUUCUGUGUUUCAGAUAUUUGGUUGGUACUGUGUCAUACAGCUGCGGGCUCCAGAGGCGACCCGAAUCAAUUAAGUUAAUUGGGUUCCUUGGAAUUACAUAUAACGCUGAACGACAGCUAAUGUUGCAGAGAAGAGGGAUCGCCAGACUCCAACCAGAAGAGGGGGGUGUUGUUAGAUGAGGGAUGAUUAGCGAUAUAUUCCGUGUGUGUGUGCUGCUUAUCAUUAACAUAAUGUAAAAAAGAAGAAGAAGAGAGAUGCUCCAUUCUCCUACGGAUGCUUCUGUGUAGCGUUGUUGUAGAAACAAGAAAAACAAAAUAUAUGCACUCAUUUUUCGCCUCUGAUCUGAAAGCGAUUUCAUCUGUAUUUCAACGGAGCUCACAUCAAAACGCCUGUUCACUGAAUUCUAUCUGAUGUGGAGUUAUUUAUGAGAUAUUGUUAAUCCUGGAUUUGAUUAUAUUUUUGCUGAAAGACAACGUCUAUUGGGACCGUUGAUUGAUAUAACUCUAUUUCAUCAGGAUGGGUGACUUCGAUGAGUUCGAUGACAAGGAUCUAUUUUCGGACACGUUCGAUUUGUUAGAGGACAUCAAAUCCGCGGGUUAUGAUUUAAGGAAGUCGAAAUUCUUCAACACACCUAUCGAGAAAAUAUUCGAUUCUCCAUUUUUCACUCGAAACAGAAACCGAACUCGUGGGGAAUCGUCAACAUCGAGAUUUCCAAAGUUCUCGUCGAAUUCGUCGAAAAAAUCGACAUCGACAACAGAAUCUUCAGAGACAGAUUCUGGAGACGAAAUUUUCAACUCGAAAUCUUUUCGGAGAUCGGAUUCGACCUACUCCACGUCUAGUCAUGACACCACAAGUUCCGGGGAGACGGUUUCGGACGCUUCGUCAACACGAAGUAAUCCGAGAAAAGUCAACAUCACUCGACAAAUUCCUGUGCAGCAUUACGUCACGUCAAAUAAAAACUUUAAAUCCGGGUUAUCAAAAACACACGAAAAAGAUUUUACCGGAAAUGAAAAACGUUCAGUACCACAUGAGUUGUACACGCAAUUAGAAAAUGAGUUAAACGAGAGAAGACCACAGUCCAUGUCUCCCAAACCAGAGGAACGUGUAUUGUAUAUGAACACUGGCUCAAAUUCUAGGGGCUUUCGCAGUAAAUCUACCGACUUACAAAAUAUAAAUGAAAGUGAUUCGAAUCAGAAAGACAGGAGAUCGGUUCCUCCGGAGUUGUGUAACGUUAGGAGAUAUGAACAGUCCAAAAGUCUUCCGGAUGUCUUGAGGACAGACCGGAUGUCGUUGCCUCCAAAUGUUCCAAAGGUGGGGUGCGAAAAGGGUGAACAACCGUCUUGGGACGAAAGACAGGGGCGUAUAGAGGGUGCCUUAAAGUGGCUGAGGUCUGAACUGGGUCUACUACGGGCCCAGGACAAGGUUCUUCUGUCUCAGCUGAAGCGAUGCCAGGACACGAUAGAGGUGAUCAAGAAGCAGCGGUCCGAGGAGAUGGAGGACGGGGAGGAGGAGGAGGAGGGUCACUGGGAGGACUGGGAGAUAGCAGAGUUUGACAGGAGGUGUAAAGAAGGGGAGAUAAUUGAUGACCUUCCUCCAUCAUGUAAUGGAAAGACAUUAGAUAUUUCACCUAAUGUGGCAAAAGUAACUUCCUGAUAUCAGCCCAACACAUAACAUCGCUGUCAUCCGAGACAAGUUCCUACCGCAACGGCAUGCCACUGCUGCUUAAACAACCAAAAGUGUUCAUCUGCCAGAAAAAUCAAUGAGAAGCCCCCUGUUUUUAAAGAACAAAGUGUUCAUCAUCUGUUGGUGCAUACCAGACAAUUCUUAGUGGAACACUUGAACGCAAAAGUUUUAACAUGCAACGAGCUGUAUUUGGUUUAGGAGAGUAGAUGAGGAGUCAUCAUUCACUCCAUCCACGCAGAUGUUGGGGAAAAUGACAUGUCAUGUGAUUGAUGGACGGCGAGGAGGGAAGCACUUGUUGCAGGGAUUUCUAAUUCAUGAAGAAACCAUGGGAAUCCAUAAACUUAAACCAAUAUCUGUAUGAUGCCUAUCAAACAGUGCAUGCUCACAGAGCGCAAGUCAAUUUGGUGCAAAAGUGUUAAAGCUCUAAAGGCAGAGAGGGGUGAAUUUUAACCCAUCAACAGGAAUUAUUGGCAGUUACCAUGACAAACUAUUUUUUUUAAUGACAUAAAUCAGGAAUUUUAAUAUCUCUGUUAAAAUAGUCAUAAAUUCAUAACAUUUGCAGCAUACCAUAAUUGUGCCAAAUAUUUAAAACCAUUAUAAUACUCAAGAGAAGUUACUUCAUAUUUCAGUGCCAAUCUGCAAACUUAAAGCACACAAUCUUUUAGUUGCUUCUAGUUUUCCAAAUGACAAAACUUGAUUAACAGCAACACAUAAUUUUAAUAAGUUUUUAUGUUAAUGAGAUGCUUAAGAUCAUAUGUCAUCAAUGUUGCUUAAUUGUUUUCCAUAUAGCAGUCCAAAGAGGGCAUGAAUAAUUCUUGGACUAGCUUUGCUUUAUUGAGACACAGUACAUGCAUUGUCUGUUUUAUUUCUCAACAAACUCUAAAAGAGUUUUAUUUGUUAUUUAAGAAUGGAAUGUUUAAACCCCAUUUUCUAUUGCAUAGAAAAGAUACAAUAAAAAUGAAAAAACAAAUUAA